AUGGCUUCGACCACCAACUCUUCCCUCUGCACGUGGCUCGUCGCGGCUUGCAUGUCAGUCACUUGCGAUGCCGAACGCAACAGAACCCCUCACGCAAUGUUCCGCUCCUCCAAGAAGUCCUUCACUUCCCAAUUCAACGUUUCCACUCUUUCUGGAUCCGCUCAUUCUGGUAAAACAAUGGCUGUAGCUUUGCAACCUGCCCAAGAGGUGACAACCAUUAAAAAACCUCCUACGAAGCAAAGGCGAGUAGUUGUGACAGGAUUGGGAGUGGUUACACCACUUGGGCAUGAUCCAGAUAUCUUCUACAAUAAUUUGCUCGAUGGUGUUAGUGGCAUAAGCGAGAUUGAAACAUUUGAUUGUGCAGAAUUUCCAACAAGGAUUGCUGGUGAAAUCAAGUCUUUCUCAACUGAUGGAUGGGUGGCACCAAAACUUUCAAAGAGAAUGGAUAAAUUUAUGCUCUAUAUGCUGACAGCUGGCAAAAAAGCCUUGGUUGAUGCUGGAAUUACUGGAGAUUUAAUGGAUGAGUUAAAUAAAGAAAGGUGUGGAGUUCUGAUUGGCUCGGCAAUGGGUGGUAUGAAGGUUUUCAAUGAUGCCAUUGAAGCUUUACGAAUCUCAUAUAAAAAGAUGAAUCCUUUUUGUGUACCUUUUGCAACAACAAAUAUGGGUUCUGCCAUGCUUGCAAUGGAUCUGGGAUGGAUGGGCCCUAAUUAUUCUAUCUCUACAGCGUGUGCCACAAGUAACUUUUGUAUAUUGAAUGCAGCAAACCAUAUCAUCAGGGGUGAAGCUGAUGUGAUGCUUUGUGGUGGCUCAGAUGCUGCUAUCAUACCAAUUGGUUUGGGAGGCUUUGUGGCCUGCAGGGCACUAUCACAAAGGAAUACCGAUCCUACCAAAGCUUCACGCCCUUGGGAUAUUAACCGUGAUGGAUUUGUCAUGGGAGAAGGGGCCGGAGUUUUGCUUUUAGAAGAACUGGAGCAUGCUAAGAAAAGAGGUGCAAACAUAUAUGCUGAAUUCCUUGGUGGAAGUUUUACCUGUGAUGCAUAUCAUGUGACUGAGCCACGUCCUGAUGGAGCUGGUGUCAUACUUUGCAUUGAAAAUGCAUUAGCUCAGUCUGGAGUAUCAAAGGAGGAUGUGAAUUACAUAAAUGCACAUGCCACAUCCACACCAGCUGGAGAUCUUAAAGAGUAUCAAGCUCUAAUACAUUGUUUUGGUCAAAACCCCGAGUUGAAAAUAAAUUCUACAAAAUCCAUGAUUGGUCAUCUAUUAGGGGCAGCUGGCGGUGUGGAAGCGGUAGCCACAGUACAGGCAAUUAGGACAGGAUGGGUUCAUCCUAAUAUCAACUUAGAAAACCCAGAUACAGGAGUGGAUGCUAAAGUACUUGUUGGCUCAAAGAAAGAGAGACUGGAUAUCAAGGCCGCUUUAUCAAAUUCAUUUGGUUUUGGGGGUCACAAUUCUUCAAUUAUAUUUGUACCGUUCAAGUGA